AUGGCCGGCUACAGUGGGCGCCGCGCGCCGAACUUUUCCCAGUAUCUCGAUGAUCUGAACACCAUUCCCUCGCCCUACGACCAGGCUCUGCAGCAACAGCAGCAACAGCAGCAGGACACCAUCAACUUCGAUGAGGAGUUGGCUGUAUUCACCAAUGCCGAGUUCUUUGAUUUCGAUAAGUUCGCCAACCUGGACCUGCCUACUUUCGAUGGCCUGGAGGACAAGAACGCUCAGGUUGAGUCUGAGGACCAGACACAGAAUCCGGAUAUGAAGUUCCUGGACUUCUUGAAUGCCGAUGGAUUGGGCACUAUCACCGACUUCCAGAACGACCUCAAUGUCCACCCACAGCCUGUGCCUAUUCAGAACACAUCCUACCAGGUUGCCCCUCAAACUACCACUUCCCUGGCUGCGCCCAUGACUACCCAUCAAACUGUGGCUCCUGCUCCCGCCCCCAACAUGUCCGCCGCUGCCUCUGCCGCCGCUGCCGCCGGCCCCAAGCGCAAGAACACCCAGAAGUCCACCCAGGCCAGCGCCGAAGAAGCCGCACGCAACAUUGCCGAGGAGGACAAGCGCCGACGCAACACCGCCGCCAGCGCACGCUUCCGCGUAAAGAAGAAGAUGCGCGAGCAGGCUCUUGAGAAGACCCUUAAGGAAAGCAACGACAAGAGCGACGCUCUCGAAGCCCGCGUCUCCCAGCUCGAGCUCGAGAACCACUGGCUCCGCGGCUUGAUCAUGGAGAAGAACGGCAACGAGGAGCGCGACGAGCAGGCCGAGAAGGCCAUCUCUGACAUGUUCAAGGCAUUCAUGGCAUCUCAAAAGACCGAGUCAAGUCCUUUCGCGUCCAAGCUUGGCGUUGGCACCAGUGCGUAA